CAACCUGAUGUGGGCAGGGCGGGAGGUGGGCUGCAGCUGAUGUCAAAGGAUGGAACCAAACGGGAACCCCGCCAAGACUCUGGCCUCCAGCUUGAAGCUCCAGGACAGUGAACAGGCGAUUUAGAGGGAGGCUGGGCACGGGGGUGAAAGCGCAUGCCCAGGCCCAGCAGGUGCUGGGGGGGCGCGCCGACACCGCGGCCUCCCCUUUAAGAGGCGCCACCGCCCACGGCCCGCCGCUGCGGCAGGGACCUCCCCUUUAACGGCGGCAACUCCGCGCUCCGCUGACCCCACGGCGGCUGCCGCUGCUAACAGCAGCUCCUGCUGCUUCAGCCGCCGGCCUCGGGCAGCUGCAUCCCCACCCGGGCUGGGUCCCCGCCCCGCCAUGGUGUCCUGGAUCAUCUCUCGCCUGGUGGUGCUCGUCUUUGGCACCCUGUACCCAGCCUAUUCUUCCUACAAGGCCGUGAAGACCAAAAACGUGAAGGAAUACGUAAAAUGGAUGAUGUACUGGAUUGUCUUCGCCUUCUUCACCACAGCCGAGACACUUACGGAUAUAAUACUGUCCUGGUUCCCCUUCUACUUUGAGCUCAAGAUCGCUUUUGUGAUAUGGCUGCUGUCCCCUUACACCAAGGGCUCCAGCGUUCUCUACCGCAAGUUCGUGCAUCCAACACUGUCCAACAAGGAAAAGGAGAUCGACGAAUACAUCACACAAGCCCGAGACAAGAGCUAUGAGACCAUGAUGAGAGUGGGCAAGAGGGGUCUGAACCUCGCCGCCAACGCUGCAGUCACAGCCGCUGCCAAGGGGGUGCUGUCGGAAAAGCUGCGGAGCUUUAGCAUGCAGGACCUGACUCUCAUUCGAGAUGAGGAUGCGCUGUCGCUGCAGGGCCCGGAUGGCCGCCUGCAACCUGGCCCUGCGGGUCUCCUGGACACCAUCGAAGACUUAGGAGAUGAGCCUUCAAUGAGUCUAAGGUCAAGCACAAGCCAGGCAGAUCCCCGGACAGAAACCUCAGAAGAUGACCUCGGAGACAAGGCACCCAAGAGGACCAAACCUAUCAAAAAAGUACCCAAGGCUGAGCCACCAGCUUCCAAGACGCUAAAGACCCGGCCCAAGAAGAAGAGUUCUGGAGGGGGCGAUUCGGCUUGAGAGGCUCAGCCCCGCCCACCCCUCCAUCCAUAGGACAGUAGCAAGCACCGAGAAGCGCCGCAGCCCUGUCCCCUCCAGCAAUGGGCCACCAGCCCCAAGUGUUUCAGACCUGCAACCCCCCCCCCCUCCAGAUGGCUGUUUCCAGUCCCCCCUUCCCAGGAACCCUCCUCCGGAGGGGGCGUGGCGAAGAGGAGGUUGAGGACAGAUGCGAUGACUAAAGCCUUGGGAGGUGGAGGCUCAGUGGCCAGCGCUGCUCUUGCUGCUGCUCUAGUCCCGCCCUGCCCGUCCAGUGCCUUGCUGACCAUGGCCAUCCCUUCUCUGAGGCCUGACCUGCCCACCACCCCCUCCAGGGAGGGGGCCUUGAGAAGGGAAUGAAUCGGGGCAGGCCUGGGAGGAGGGCGGUACUGGGUACAGCUAUGCGUGGAGACACGGGCUUUCAAUAAGCAACAUGGCCAUGCGAGAACUGCAGCUGGUAGGGCUGUGUAUUCUACCAAGAGAGGCGAGAUUCCAAGGGUGUGCGUGCCGGGGAGGUUGGGUGAAAGGGGUCACCUGCUCCCUACAUCAGCCCUGGUCUUUCUUCCUCUUUAUCCACCCCUGCUGGUCUCUGAACCUCAGAGGUCUCAAGCCCUUGACAGAACGAGGCUCUGAGGGACCCCUCCCUCCCCUUCCACCCUGACCCCUUUUACGCGUGCGUUCACACCGUAGACUGGACUCCUCCUGCUCCGCCACAGAGGCCCUGCCAAGCUCUGUGUCCCCUUUCCUCUCCUCUAAAGGGGACCCAUCCCACCUCACCAUGAGGUCCUCUUCCUGGGCCAAGCAAACCCCUGACAGAACCAACCCGGACCCCACCCCUGGCCUCGGUUCUGCCAGCCUCACUGGGGCCAAGUGGAACCUGUGACAGGAGAGAGAUGCAGGAGCUGCAGGCUCCCCAUUCCAUGGUGCCCACUGGACCUGGGCACUGGAUGAGCCAAUACACGAAACUCUGACACCUCCUUUA